AUGGAUUUCGCCAAAAAGCCCCAGUCCUUCCUCGCCCAGCGCAUCGAUGAGAAGAAUCGCAUGAAGGACAGCGUGACGGGUCAUCGCACCGGUCUCACCGAGCGCCUGCUGAAGCUUUUCGCUCCCCGGCCACCUCUGGAGUCAGUGCCGGUGCCACCCCCCAAGCCCAAGGCCGUCCCGCUCUCCGGCAUCGCCCAGUACAUGGACAAGUUUGCCGGGCCCGGCGAUCCCGAGUACCACGGCGCCCAGGAGAUAAAGGAAGAGACCCGCUUGUUCCGCAGCCCUGAGCUCCAGUAUCAGGCCAGGAUCGAUGUGGAGACGCUGCCUGAGCGGGACAUCCGGCUGGCUGCGGAGGCCCAGGCAGCCGCCGCCGCGGCGAUCCGGGAGGGCCUGGAAACAUGGGACCCGACCAAGGACCCCAACGUGCAGGGCGACCCCUUCAAAACGCUGUUCGUGGGGCGGCUGUCCUACGACACCUCGGAGCGGAAGCUGCGCCGCGAGCUGGAGGAGUUUGGGCCCAUCCGCCGCAUCCGCAUCGUGCACGACCGCAACACGGGCAAGCCGCGUGGCUACGCCUUUGUCGAGUUCGAGCACAAGAACGACAUGAAGCAGGCGUACAAGCUGGCUGAGGGGCGCAAGGUGGAGGACCGCCGCAUCCUCGUGGACGUGGAGCGGGGCCGCGCCGUCACCGGGUGGCUGUCACGUCGGUUUGGGGGAGGAAAAGGCGGGGAGAGCAGAGCACCUCGCCUGCCCAAGGACCCGCGCAGGCUGAUGGUGCGGCGCAUGAUCGAGCGCUACCUGCAAGAGAGGCGAGAGGCGGGGAUUUAUUUGGAACGGGCCAAGGAACCACCUCCAGCCUCCCCCGAGAGGGGCGGCGCCGAGACUAGGACCGCAGAGGCGGCCCCUCGCUCGGCCUCCCGAGGGCGGGAGGAGUCUGGACCCCGGGCACCGGCCCACGAUCGCCUGCCGCGUGAGGUCUCGCGCGACAGGCGGUCCCGCUCCGCGGACCGGGGCCGGGGGCUCGGCCGCAGCUCGUCGCCCCCCACGCGACCCAGGGAGCGCAGCGCUGACCUGGCAUCCGGGGACGACUCGGAGCGGGAGGCGGGCGAGAUUGCUGACGCGCCCAACGACUUUGGCCGGGAGCGGAGCCGGGAUCGCAGCAGGAAUGGGCAUGGGGAUGGGGAGCGACACAGUGACCGGAAGGGCGGCACCUUCAGGUCGGUGAAGACCGUGCCCAUGGGCAGCAAGGGACUGACACUGAAGCAGCAUAUCGAGCACACCCUCGGCACUGGGACCAUCGAGGAGGCAGUGCGCCUGCCACCAGGUGAGGACAUCAAUGAAUGGCUGGCGGUGAAUACGGUGUUUUUCUACAACGCGCUCAAUGUGCUCUACCAGGUGCUGGAUGAGACGCUCUGCACAGCCCAGCGCUGCCCCACCAUGUCUGCUGGGCCGCAGUAUGAGUACCUCUGGGCAGACGGUGUCCGUGUCAAGCACCCUGUCAAGCUGUCGGCGCCCGCCUAUGUCAACACCCUGUUUGACUGGGUGGAGGAACAGCUGGACAAUCCUGCUGUGUUCCCGCAGCGAUACGGUGCAGCAUUCCCCCGCGACUUCCUGAACACUGUGAAGACAAUCCUAAAACGACUGUUCCGAGUGUAUGCCCACAUAUAUCACUCCCACUUCAAGUACGCGGUGGCUUGGUACACAGGGAAAGGGCAGAUCGUGAGGCUAGAGCUAGAACCCCACCUACACACCUGCUUCAAACACUUUGUGCUGUUCACCAAGGUACUCGGCAAUCGCCUCAUCGACGACCGGGAACUGGCGCCCAUGAAGGAGCUCAUAGACAAGCUGACAAGGGGGGGGCCAUGA